AUGUCCCAAAAACUCUCCCUCGUCCUAACAACAACCCUCACCCUCCUCGACCAAUUCCAAACCGCCAUCUACUCCCCGCCCCAAAAACCCGCUCCCAACGAAACGGAUGAUGCGAAGAGGAAAGAUGACGCGCUCUCCCUCCUAACAGCCUCGUCACACACGUUGCACUCGCAAGUCACGAAACUCUCGCUUCUUACUAUUACGGCACCGUUUACGCAUUCUGCUGUUUGUACGGUGCUGAGCGCGUUGAAUGAAUCCGUGCUCCCGUCACUCGUUACGGCUGCGUUACUUGUCAAUCCAGAUGACUUUACGAAAGCAUUCCAUGCUGAGAUUCAAAUCCUGGCGAAGGCGGCAUUGAAGGAGUUAGGUGCGCUUAUUGGGAAAGUCAAGGAUGUCGCGGAUAAGAAGAAUAAAGCACAAAGUGAGAGCAAGAAAGAAGAUGAUCUUUCGCAGGAGGAGAAGGAUGUUGUGACCGUUGCGACAGGUCGGGUCUGGGAUGCGUGUGAUGCCCUUGUUGAUGUUGCGACGAAGGGGGUUGUGGGGUUUGUGAUUCGGCGUGUUGAGCAGUGGAGAGAUCUUGUGAAGGAUGCGGUUGAAGAAAUUGAGGAAUGGGAUCCGGAUGAGGAUGAUGAUUUCUUCGAUGAUUUGUUGAGUGAGGAUAAGAAGGAUGCUGGUGGUGAAGAUGACGAUGAAGAUGACGAUGACGAUGACGAUACGGCUAUCACGCACGCCCGCAAGAAGUCGACCCUUCGCAUCCUUAAACCUGUCGCGCAAAUCUUCCCCGCCAUUUUAACGAAUCGAUUGAAGAAUGCCGGUAAUGCUUCUGUCGCAUCUAGUGCUGGUGUCCGCAAACUCGAGUCCCUUAUGGUGAAUUUACAAUCCAUCCCUGAUGAUAUCGACGAGGUAGCAGGUGCACUGUACGAAGAAAACUGGGAAAGGCAUACUCAGUUCCUAGGCAAGGUCAAGAAUAAUGCUGCGAAGGCUGUUGGUCUCGUGAAGUUACCUUGGGGUGCCGCGGAGGACACAGAGGAUAAGUUUACGACUUGGUCGAAGACUUGGUUGAAGGUUAUGGAUGAGGUUAGCAAGUCAAUUGACGAGGCGACAAUUUAG